UUCAUUCUUCACGAUUCAAAGUCCACAAAACUUCUUUUCCAAUUCUUCCUAAGAGGGAAACUAUAGAGUUAACACAAUCAUAUAACAAUUAUUAAUCUCUCUAUUUGCACUCUAAGUUUUACAUGGAGAACAUCGAGUUAACUACUUCUCGAUGCUAUUUUUCAUCGAAUGAUGAGGAAUUUGUGGGGUUUAAGGAGGAUGUAGAACAGAUCAUUCAGAAAUUGACUAAAGGAACAAAAGAACGCAAAGUUAUAUCGAUUGUUGGAAUGGCAGGACUAGGCAAAACAACUUUGGCUAGAAAGGUGUACAACAGUCAUUCUAUUGCUGAUCACUUUGAUGCUCGCGCAUUUUGUAUUGUUUCACAAAAAUAUAGCAUCAGAAAGCUAUUGUUUGAGAUUCUUAAACAAGCCACAGGUGAAAAACGUGACAUGAUCAAAGAGGACGAGGACGUUGCAGAUACGUUGAGGAAGGCAAUUUAUUGCAAGAGAUACCUCAUUGUUUUAGAUGAUAUGUGGAACUAUGAGGCAUGGGAAGAUUUGCAAUCAUGUUUCCCUUGUGUGGAAACAGGAAGUAGAAUUAUGGUAACAACUCGCGUCCAAGAGGUUGCUAUUAAGAUGAGUGACCCUUAUUUACUUCGAUUCCUAACAGAGAAUGAAAGUUGGGAGUUAUUGCAAAAGAAGGUAUGUUUACGCGAGGAGGUUCCCUUAGUGAUAAAAGAAGCAGGAUUUGAAGUUGCUUAA